AUGAAUUUCAUAACACGAUUCUGUGCAACAGUUGGAGCAGAAACAGCUUUUGAAAGAGUAUUAAUAUAUUAAUUUAAUAAAUAGGCUAGAUUAGCAGCUACUUAUGAAAAUACAUACCCACCAGAUGAGAGUGAUAUCAAAAUUAUAUUGAAUGCACUUUCUGGUUGUGAUAAGGAAACAGAUAGAAGAAUAGCUUUUGGUUCUAUUGUAAGGAGACUAAAAUAAAAUCAUAUGAAUGAGGAUGGAUGGAUUAUCAUAAUCAAAAAUUUGAUUAUUAUAGAUAGGUAUUUAGGUCACAAAAAUUGAUGAGGUGUGUGAAUGAUGGUAUUCUAUUAAAAGAAUUUUGUGAGUUAGAUUUACCUAACAUAGAGAAUCGAUAUGAAAUAAAUAGAAACAAUAAUAAACUAUUAAUUAAUGAAUUGAUAUCCAAAUAUUACAAUUAUAUCAAGUUCAAAUCGUAGUAGUUAAGAACUUCAUUUUCUUUAACUUUAUAUAAAAAAGAAAAAUAUUUACAUUUCAAUUAACUCUCUGUUGGAUAAACAUAAAAUGAAAUCAAUUUAAUUAUGCAAUUUGUUGAUAAAGCUUUUGAAGUGAUAGAGACUAAAAAAAAUGGACAUUUAAAAUACAAACUAAAUUAAUAUGUCUUUCUAUUGAUCCUAAAUGAUCUAUUCAAAUACUAUAGUUGCUCACUUGUAGCAUUUAAUAUUUUGAUCAAAAAAAUUGAAUAAUUAGAAUUGGAAGAUCUUCUUCAAAUGGCAGAAAUAACAAGAUUACUAUAUAAAUUUUGUAAUUAACUAGAUACAUUUAUUAAUUAAAAUAGAUUUAUCUAAGGUUUUGAAUAUUAUGAUGUAGAGUAUAAAGUAAUUAAUAAAAUAUUCUAAGAUAACUUCUGAUUUAGUUGAGUUGGUUGUUUAAUAUAUGAAUCUUUAUGAACAAACAUAGAAAGGAACAUCAUGUUAACCAAAAGAAAUUAAAUUUAAUACAUAAAAAUCCAAAUUAGUUCUAGAAAAGAUAUGUAUUAAUUUACUCAUUCCUUAGUUUCUCAAAGUCUUAAUAAAACUUAAAGCGAUUUUUUUGAAAAUUAUCAAAGCAACAUAAAAUAAUAAAGCAAAUUGGUAAUUUAUUGCAAUUAAUUCAAACAUAAAUUUGAUGAAAGUACAUUUUAAGAAUUCUAAAAUAAUUUUUCGACUAAGUAUAAAUAUGUAAUUAUAUUUAACUAGUUAUAUAAUAAUAAAAAAUCAUUAAAAAUAGAAUAAUGAUAUUCCAGAAUUAAAGGAAGAAGAUGAAGAUUUAGACUUCCUAACUAAAAUUGAAGAGAAUAAUACGAAUUAUAAAUUUGAUAAAUAAAUACAUUUACUAUAUCCAGAAGCUUUCAAUGAAAAAAUGUUCUUAAAUUUUGAAAAUAUAUAUUAUUUAUGA